CGCCUCACACACGCACCGUUCAACAUGCCCCGCGAUGUCAAGCCCACGGCGAUCGCCGAUAUCAAGCUCGCGGAGAGCGGCGUCGCCGCGCGCGAGCCGGAGACGAUCAUGACGGUCUUCAAGAAGUGCGCCGAUCACAAGCUCGCCAACACGAAGGCGCUCAUCGGCUGCGACGGCAAGACGUGGACCUGGAAGCAGUUCUACGACGACACGCGCGCGGCCGCCAAGUCGUUCAUCGCCCUCGGCCUCGGCCGCUUCGAGUCCGUCAGCAUCCUCGGGUUCAACGCCCCGGAGUGGCACCUCUCGAACAUGGCCGCGAUCGCCGCGGGCGGGUUCGCCGCGGGGAUCUACACCACGAACGAGCCGCCCGCGUGCAAGUACAUCGUCGAUCACUGCAAGGCGAGGGUCAUCGUCGUUGAGGGCCAGAAGCAGCUCGACAAGAUCCUCGCGAUCCGCGGCUCUCUCCCGAAGCUCGCCGCGAUCGUCGUCUACGGCGGCGACUUCGACAAGUCCGCGAACGACGGCGUCGGCGCGGGGCAAGCGAAGGUGUACUCGUGGAACGACUUCAUGGCGCUCGGCGCGGGCGUCGCCGAGGCGGAUCUCGACGCGCGCGUCGCCGACCAGAAACCCGGGCACUGCUGCACGCUCAUCUACACGUCCGGGACCACGGGCAACCCGAAGGCGGUGAUGAUCUCGCACGACAACGUGACGUUCACGACGCGCGCGAACAUCGAGCACCACCCGGACUUCGUCUCCGGCCCGCUCCGCGUCGUGUCGUACCUCCCGCUUUCGCACAUCGCCGCGCAGAUCGUGGACAUUCACUCGCCGAUGGCGUACCUCGCCGAUCACGGGCUCCCGUCCGAGAUUCACUUCGCCGCGCCUGACGCGAUGAAGGGGUCGCUGAAGGGGACGCUCAUGAAGGCGAAGCCGACGGUGUUCUUCGCCGUGCCGCGCGUGUGGGAGAAGUUCGCGGAGGCGAUUCAGGCGAAGGGCCGCGAGAUCAAAGGCCUCAAGAAGAAGAUCUCCGCGUGGGGCAAAGGAACGCUCGGCAAGGCGCACGCGGCGGCGCAGGUGAACUCCAAGGGCUCCGCGCCGUUCUUCACGUUCCUCGCGCGGAAGCUCGUGUCCGCCAAGGCCAAAGCCGCGAUCGGCCUCGAGGAAGCGCGCCUCUGCCUCUCCGGCGCCGCGCCCAUCACCAAGGACACGCUCGACUACUUCGGCUCCCUCGGCGUGCACAUCAUGGAGGUGUACGGCAUGUCCGAGAACACCGGCCCGCAGACGUGCGGUCAGAACGCGCACUUCCUCGCGGGCACCUGCGGUCGCACCCUCCCUGGCGUGGAGAUCAACAUCGAGCACGACCCCAAGCGCGAUAAGCCGAACGAAGGCGAGGUGUGCUUCCGCGGCCGGCACGUCAUGAUGGGCUACAUGCACGACGCGGAGAAGACGUCGGGAGCCGUCGACGAGGACGGCUGGCUGCACUCGGGCGACGUCGGGAAAGUAGACCCGGCCACCGGGCUGCUGUCCAUCACCGGCCGGAUCAAGGAGCUCAUCAUCACCGCGGGGGGCGAGAACAUCGCGCCCGUGCCGAUCGAGGACAGGCUCAAGUCGCUUCUUCCGUGCAUCAGCAACGUGAUGAUGGUGGGCGAUAAGCGGAAGUACAACACGCUUCUCGUGACGCUUCGACAGAAGCCGGACGACGAGAACGGCUUCGUGGACGAGCUGUUCGGGACGUCGAAGGACGUGAGCAAGGCGUCGACGACGGUGACGGAGGCGAAGAAGGAUCCGAAGUGGACGGCGUACAUCGAGGGCGGGAUCAAGACGUACAACAAGGAGGCUGUCUCGAACGCGCAGAAGAUUCAGAAGUUUACGAUUUUGGACGUCGACUUCUCCGUCGACGGCGGCGAGCUCACAAGCACGCAGAAACUCAAGAGGAACGUCGUCGUGGAGAAGUACAGCGGCGUCAUCGAGAAGAUGUACUGAGACUGAGUAAUACGGCGGAAUGGAAGGCGGCGCGCGACGGACGGCGAGUGCUAACGACGAAGGACGGAAGUAGUACGCGCCGAAGGCGGAUCCGACGGGUGACCAAGGAAGGAGUAACGCGGAACGACGACGGAUCUGACGACGGACGAGCGAGGCUUUGUUUUGUACAGACCACUCUCGAAUCGCUCUACAGUAUCAUAUCGUUUUUCUCUCGUUCGUUUCGUCUUCUCUCUCAUCUCGCUUCAUCACGCUUGGCUCGAGAAGACGCUCUUGUUCACGAGCAUCCCCGCCAGCAUCGCGACGAUCCACGUCGCGAUCGCCGCGUUCGGCGUCGCCGCCAGCGCUACGAUCGCCGGCCCGGGGCACACGCCCCCGAGCCCCCACCCAGCCCCGAACAGCGCCCCGCCCGUCAUCAACUUCGCGUCGAUCGUCUUACCGCUCGGCACGUCGAACCCCUCCGCGCACGCCGGCGAAUCGCGGAGCUUUCGAACGAGGUAAAACCCCGGGACGCACAGCGCGAGCGCGCCGCACAUGACGAGCAUCAGCGACGGAUCGAACGACGCCGCCGUCGCGGAGAGAAACCCGCUCACCUUGGUCGGUCGCGUCAUCCCGCUGACGAGGAGCCCCGCGCCGAAGACGUAUCCGACGGCGCCGUCCGCGAUGACGCCGAUCGUUGUCCCGCCUCCGCGGACUCCGCCUUUCGCUGUCGCCGCCGACGCGAGCGCGGCGAACGCGGCGACGGCGACGCCGGCGAACGCGAUCCAGCCGCGCGCCGCCGCGAAAGCCGGAUACGCCGGAUUCGCAAUCGCGGAGACGUUCGAGACGACGCCCAGCGCCGCGUUCGUGUCGAAGAGCGUCGCGGCGAGGAACCCGGUGAACAUGAAGACGCACGUGUUCGCCAUGCUUCGCGGGGAGAGGCGCGCGUUGCCGCAGAUGCCGUGCCCGGACGUGCAGCCGUUGCCCAUGGCGGCGCCGAGGCCGACGAGGAAGCCCGCGGCGGCGGCGCGCGCGAUCGGCACCAUCGGCUCCGGCGACGGCGCGACGCCGCCCAUCAGGCCGAACGCCGCGGCGCACCCCGCGGCGAGGAGGCCGGCGACGAACGCGACGUCGCCGGCGGGCGUCGUCGUCGUCGUCG